UUAAUCUACAUGUACUGGUGAAGCAGUGAGAAAAAGAUAUUGCUGAGAAAAAAGGUUAAAAGAAAAGUUGUCAGGCUGUAAGUCUGUGAAAAAUGGAAGGAAGUUCUGUCCUUGAAAAGGAGCUCUCCUGUCCUGUGUGCUGUGAGAUCUUCCAGGAACCAGUUAUUCUGUCAUGUAGACACAGCUUCUGCAAAUCCUGUCUGCAGCAGCACUGGGAACAGGAGGGCUUUCAGGAAUGUCCAGUCUGCAGACGUUCUUCACUCGACCACCCUCCCAUCAGUCUGACUCUAAAGAAACUGUGUGAGGUCUUCUCACAGGAGAGGAGCCGGAGACCUCCAGUCGGGUCUGAAGAGCUGUGCAGGCUGCACAGAGAGAAACUCAAGGUCUUCUGUUUGACUGAUCAAGAAGCUGUCUGCUUUGUUUGUCAGACUUCAGAAAAACAUGAAAACCACAAAUUCUGCCCUUUGGAGGAGGCAGCAGAGAGGCAGAAGGAGGAACUCAAGGCUGCACUGAAGCUCCUGCAGAAGAAGAUAAUACUCUUUAACAAAGUAAAACAGACAUGUGAUCAAAUUGCAGCGUACAUUAAGACACAGGCUCAGCAGACAGAGAAGCAGAUAAAGGAUGAGUUUUAGAAGCUUCACCAGUUUUUACAAGCAGAAGAGGCCACCAGCAUAGCUGCACUGAGGAAGAAAGAAGAACAGAAGAGUCGAAUGAUGAAGGAGAAGAUUGAGAGCCUUACAAGAGAGAUUUCAUCCCUUACAGACACAAUCAGAGCCAUAGAACAGGAAAUGGGAGCUGAAGACAUUUUAUUCCUGCAGCUCCUGUGACUCUGGACCUCAACAAAGCAGAACCUUGACUCUCACUGUCUGAUGAUCUGAACAGUGUGAGAUGCAGAGCUGUGAGAGAGCAGCUUCCUAACAACCCAGAGAGGUUUGAUCACUGUUACUGGGAUCUGAGGGGUUCACCUCAGGGAGACACUGCUGGGAUGUGGAGGAGGAGCUCAAGGCUGCAUUGGAACCCCUGCAGAAGAAACUGGAAGCCUUUAAUAAAGUGAAACAAACAUGUGACCAUACAGCUGAGUAUAUUAAGUCACAGGCCCAGAGAACUGACAGACGGAUAAAGGAGGAGUUUGAGAAACUUCACCAGUUUCUACGAGAUGAAGAGACAGCCAGGAUAGCUGCACUGAGAGGGGAAGAGGAGCAGAAGAGUCGGAUGAUGAAGGGGAAGAUUGAGAGCCUUACAAGAGAGAUCUCAUCCCUUUCAAAUACAAUCAGAGCCAUUGAACAGGAGAUGGGAGCUGAAAAUGUUUCAUUCCUGCAGAAUUAGAAGGACACAAAGUGCAGCUCCUGUGAUUUUGGACCCCAGUACUGCACAGUCUCACCUAUCAUUGUCUGAGGAUCUAACCAGUGUGAGAUAUAAUGAGAAACAGCAGCUCCUUGACAACCCAGAGAGGUUUGAUACCCAUGCCUACGUGCUGGGAUCUGAGGGAUUCAUCUAAGGAGACACUAGAUAGAUAGAUAGGUAGAUAAUACUUUAUUAAUCUCGUAGGGAAAUUGAUGUGUUACAGCAGUCCAGCCCAAGACA